AAAUGUGUAAGACAGGGCUAACUCAUAAAACAACUGUCUUGGACAUUUUGACCUUGUGUGAUAUUUCCAUAAAGGUUUAUAAGGUUGCACUGUCAAUUCUUAAUCCUUAUAUUUCUUGACUAUGUGUGACGUGUGUUCUUUUCAGAGGGACCUUCCAAAGUCAGUAUCACAGCACCUAAAAUGCUGUUGAAUGGAGUCGAGUCUACAUUUGUCUGCAAUGCUAUUUGCUACCCUUCCUGCACCUACACUUGGUACAUUGGUUUCCAAGUAUGGACAAACGCCAGCCAUGAACUUAAUUACACAACAUCACUUUACGCAAAUAAGGAGACUGUAGAGUGCCAAGUUCAAAACAGUCUCUCUAAUCUUUUUGUGGCAACCAGCGUUACCGUUUGGGUGGCACGGGGGCCUAUGGACAUGACCAUUAGUGGACCAUCAUCUGUGACAGUAGGGGACUCCAUCUCCUUCUAUUGCUUUCCCAACUGCAAUCCCUCAUGCGACAUCACGUGGCAUUACCGAGGGGAGGCCUUCGAUGGGGACACGGUGUCUGUGCCCAUACUCCAGCAAGGGAAGCGGGCGCGGGCAAACAAACUGGUCCUCCACGUGGCACACUUCCACAAGACAGAGCGACUGGAGUGUUCAGCUGUGAAUGUUCUGUCCGGCAAGACUGGAAAUUACACAGUGACUCUUCACGUGACUGAUCCAGUUGCGGUGCGUCCCAUCACAGUAACACCAGCUAUAGCAGACGGAUCCUAUUCCCUGCAGUGUGUUGGAGCACAGCAUCAAUCUAAUAUUCAGUGGACCAAGAAUGGGAAACCUCUGUCUACAAGUGACAGAGUCCAUCUUGCUGACAACAACGUUACCCUUUCAUUUGAUCCACUCCGUCCACCUGAUGCAGGCGUAUAUGAGUGUAUUGUCACUGAGCAAGGAAAAGUCAUCCCUGGAGUCUCCUAUGAGCUGAAGGUCAUCUAUGGGCCACUGACUCCUGUGUUAACUCAGUCUGGUAACAGACCAGUCGGACAGACAACAUUCCUUCCCCCAGGAACUACAGACACAUUUUUCUGCUCAGCUGAAUGCUACCCAGCUUGUACUUACGUGUGGUUUUUCAAUAGAGAAAUGGUUGCCACAAAUGGUUGCCACAGCUACUCUAUCAGCACAGCAAGUAUAGCUGAUGAGGGUGUUCUUGAAUGUGUGCCGUACAAUCCAGUUACCCAAAACUAUGCCGCUGUUCAGACGAACAUUGAAUUGACUGAUGGCCCAAAGAAUGUCACUAUCUCUGGGCCAAACUCACUACAGGUAGGACUGAAGUCCACUUUUGAGUGCUCAGCUGUCUGCUCCCCACCUUGUGUCUACACAUGGGAGCUCUAUGGGAAAACACUGCAAGGCAGUAAGGUGGAGCUCACCAUCAGCCACUAUGUGGCCACUGAAACCCUGAUAUGCAUAGCAGUGAAUGCCGUCACUGGAAAUCUCGCUGCAGCAAAUGAAACACUUGAUGUCACAGGAGCUGCUGCCAGUGAGACGCUGCAGAACAGGACCUCAGAGGCCAGCACACCAUAUGGGCCUCUGUAUCUGGAGAUCGUAGGGGUGCAAGUGGUUACCAUCGGCAUCCCAUACGGUUUCAGGUGUUCUGCAGAAUGCAAUCCACCUUGCUUGUACACCUGGACCCUUGAUGGGAAAACAUCACAUGAAAGCGAGCUUGAUGUUAUUUUCAAAAGCAUCGUGUCCUCAGAAGUCCUCACUUGUGAGGCUAGGAAUCCAGAUACUGGAGAGACCUCUAGCAAAAACCUGACUUUGCAAGUGGCAGAGGGACCUCUGAAUGUAAGCAUCAAAGCACCAGUGAUGCUGGUGAACGGAGCCAACUCUACACUAGUGUGCUUAGCUGUUUGCUCCCCCUCCUGUAACUAUAACUGGUACACUGAUUACCAAACGUGGACGACCACCACCAAUGAACUCCAAUUCACACCACCUGCCAACAGCAAAUCUGAGACAAUAACAUGUGAAGCUAAAAACACCCUAUCAGGCCUAUUUGCAUCAUCCACCAUCACACUGUGGGCAGCAGCGGGCCCCAAGUUCAUGCAAAUCCAAGGACCAUCUUCGGUGACGGUUGGGGAAACUUUCCAAUUCUCUUGCUACGUGGACUGCAUUCCCUCCUGCAACGUCACGUGGCUUUUCCGAGGGGAAACCCUGACUGGGGAGAUAGUGAAUGUGCCCGUUCUCCAGCGUAGGAAGGCUGUCAUGGUAAACAAGCUGGUCAUCCAUCUUGAACACUUCCACAAAACAGAGCCACUGGAGUGUAUAGCUGUGAAUACUGUGUCGGGCAAGUCUGAUAGUGCCACAAAGACUCUCUCUGUGACUGACAGCUUUUCCCUCACUGUUAAAUCGGGGCGACAGUGGUACAGGAGGUGA